AUGGCACAAAUACUUUAUAAGUAUUAUCUUUUCAUUCUCUUAUCAAUAUUGCUCAUACACUCUUUUGUCACAUUUGCUCACUCUAAAAGAUCAAUUGAUGAGACGAAACCUUGCAAGAGAAUCGUGCUUUACUACCACGACAUCCUUUUAAAUGACACCAAUAUCGAUAAUGCCACAUCAGCCACGGUCGCAAACCAUACUCAACUAGGGAAUUUCAAACAUGGGAUGCUUGUUGUCUUUGAUGAUCCAAUGACCAAAGACAACACGUUAUCCCCUCCGGUGGCUCGGGCUCAAGGGUUUUACUUUUACGAUUCAAAGAAUGAGUAUAAUGCAUGGUAUUCUUACACGUUAAUUUUCAAUUCAAGCGAACAUAAAGGGACGAUAAAUAUUAUGGGUGCAGAUUUGAUGGGCGACGAGACAAGGGAUCUUUCAGUUGUUGGAGGCACCGGUGAUUUCUUUAUGACACGAGGAAUUGCUACGUUUCGGACCGAUGGUAUACCUAAUGCUUUUUAUUUUCGGGUUGAAAUGGAUAUCAAGUUGUAUGAGUGUUACUAA